GCUUAUUCCCUCCCUCCCUCCGUACUUCUGUCUCCCUCUCUCCAGUUUUGAUCCCAUCAAAAUGCAAAACUGUAUUUUGGGCCUUAUGUACAUGGUGAUGACGUGGCAUGCAGUAAACGAGCCAUAAGUGCAACCACCAUGAACCACGCACGUAGAUUUUUGACGCCUGGGCUGUCAAAUGAGCGCAAAGACAGAGACGGCCUUAACGCCUUGAAACCGUCAACGACGUCAAAAUUGGCCAAGCCGAGUGUCCACAGAGCCGCUGCGCCGUUCACUCCGAAGUCUUCCAAGCCGGUUACUAGUAAUCAGCUUUUAGCUGGUUAUCUGGCUCACGAGUUUCUCACGAAGGGCACUCUAUUCGGCGAGCCUUGGGACCUAGAACGAGCCGAGGUUGUGGAUUUAUCGUCGGCUUCGAGGGAAAAGUGUAACCAGAAAGGAAAGGCUGAGCCGACUUUGAAGCCGAAUGAGCAGGUGGAGAAGUAUCGGAGGUAUGCGGAAGUAGCUGAUUUGCUGAAGACAGAUGGGGCCCACAUGCCUGGCAUUGUCAACCCGACUCAACUCGCUCAUUUCUUGACGAUGUGAUGAUGUCAUUUCCUGCUUAGGGGAAUUUAAAAAUUCAACAUAAUUCAUUGAUUUAAUAGUGUGAUUUAAUUAUAAUUAUUAAAUUAAUACUAAAUUCAAGUAUU